AUGUUUUACCAAAACCAAAGAAUAUCCGAAGUCUCAGGAGAUGUUGGAUGUGAAAUUAUUCGUAGUAAUAAUGAUAAUAUCAAAGUUCCAAUAUUUGACUUUGUUAUCAAUAAUCUUGAAGAUUCUGAAGCAUUAAAGAAUCGUUCAUUCCUAUCUGUCGUUUGCUGCAUUGGCCGACUAUCAAAAUAUAAUAGCGAGCGAGCGGAUCCGAUUUUCGAGAAACUUCUCGCACUUUUAAAGGAAAAUCAAGAAGAUUGUGUCAUGAAAGCGCUAAGUAGCUUUAUGGAAUACAAACUAAAUCCUUCCGAUGUAAUUUUGGAGAUAUUUAAUAUUGUAUUUUCACUAGAUGUAUCAGUCUUAGAAAAAUUACCAUCAUCAUGUGAACUAAUUGCAAAUUGUUUAAGACAAUAUCCCAAUAUAUUGUCAGAUAUCUUGGAAGACGAAAAAUUUAAUACACUUUUAAGUCAAGAUAGUACUUCAGAUACAAUCAUUAUUGGAUGA